AUGAUGCCAUUCAUAAUGGUCAAUUUACAUCAUUGUCAUCAUCAACGAAUUCAAAAUAGAGCUGCAGCGGUACUUGAUGCUUGGGACGAAUUCGGUGAAUCAUUACCAACUGAUUUAGUUGCACACAUGCACCGUAUUAGUGUUGAUCACAUUAAUAAAGAUUUACAUGGUGAUCGAAUAGAUUUUAAAAAAAGAUUUGGUACCAAAUCAUCAAUGAAAUUUGAACGUGUACUUACAGAAUGUAUGAAAGAAAUUGAAGAAGGUAUUGAUGCUGCAUUGGUAGCAGUUUCACAUAAUAUUCCAUUUAUGCUGAUAUGUGAUAUUCAAAACAGUCAAAAUCCUAAUCAAGUAGCAACUAAUUUUUUUCAUACUAUCAUGGCAUCAAAUGAAAGCGAACAAAACAAAAGAUCUUGA